AUGGCUCCCAAAGUAGACAAGAAACUCCUCAAAGAACUCCAUGCAACAAGGGCUUCGGAAGAUGAUUCACCGGUGGACAGGAAACUGCGACUCACUCCUUCUCGAACUAAGGGGAAGUCCACGAGCUUGUCUAUGCUCCAGCAGUUCCCCCGACCUCGAAGGGUACUAAUGACAAGCAAAGAGACAACUGUGCCAAAAGUUUCUUUGUUGGAGGUUGAGUCUCCGCCAGGGCCUUCAAAGGAGAAAGAGAAGGCCAAGGUCUUUAAGACCGCUAAAGAGGGAAAGGAAAAGGUCUCCUAGCCACUUAAGCCUUUCAUGUGGAACAGUGAGGAGGCGGCUAUGGCUAGGCUUAGCCAAUUUGUUUAUGAUGAUGAAGUGAAGGCCAUUUUUGGCCCAAGGCCUACCAGGGUGAACACAACUAUUGCCCACACCAUUGGGAGGAUAAGCUUCUGCAGUACCUCGCCCAGAGAGCUCUUGGUCAUCUCGUGCUCUUGCAUCUCCAUAGGACCUGGUUUGUCAGCAUAAAGCAAAACAUAUUAGCCAAAGGUAAAAAAACAAAGGAGCAAGCAAAAGUCUACCACGUACAAAGAGGAGGAGGAGAUCCCCACAAACAAGGGACCAAAAGAGGCCUAUUGGAGAGAACCUCUGAAGACCCAAACUCCCAAACUGACCCAAAAACAAAGAACUUGUCUUUCCAUUCCUUGACGUUGGAGGAAUAGCCUGUCAAGAGGUCACUCUUCUCUCUCUUUACAAAAUAAAAC